CGACUUUUCUCUGUUUCGUUCAUUUCUUGUCGUGUGCCGGCCUCUUAUUUGUAGAUGCUCAGGCUACAUUUAGCUCUUGUACGGCCAAGGCUAGCAACAUAUUAUCCUACUUCAGCCACUAGACCUCGACUGUCACUACCUUCAACUGCACUUCAUCCUCAUGCGCUCUCGCGGUGCACAGUGUGCACCCGCCCGCACAGGCGUACUUUCACAACAGACACUCAAGAGGCGGAGAACCUAAAUGUAUCACACUCUAGAUUUUUGGCGGAAAAAAGUAGGUCGGCAAAGUGGAAAGAGGACGAUGAGGACUGGGGCGGGGAGACGGAUCUGAAGGAAAGCGAGGAUUUCGACAACCUUGCAGCAGGCAAAGGAAAACUCUCCCCGACAUCCUCCCAUCUAUUCAAGCUCAUCCUCCCCCUCGGUGCCCUAACCUCCCGCAUCCCCUCCUCAACCCGUCCCGUCCCAUCCUCCUCACCACCGAACUCUCAACACUCUAAGCCUCAGCAAACCCAAGUCCCACCACCGACCGUCUUCCUCCUGCACCCGGCACAACCCCUAACUCACGUAUCCCGCCUCAUCCUAUCUUCUUUCGCUCCCGCCCGACCCAGUGUCACGUUUCGAAGCGUCUCUCCUAGCGGUCAAAUGCUGGAAUGGAGCGAAAGUACGGAUGUGGGUGAUUUUAUUAGGGAUGCGGCGAGGGCUACAGAGUUCACCAUCCACAUUUCUCCCUCCCCUUUUCCACCUUCCACCACCACUUCCUCCUCCGAUGAUGGGCAUGAAGAUAGCGAUGUCGAGGACGAAGAAACCGUGAUCACCGUAGAAGUCCCGACCUUCGCCGACCGGACGAGGUUCCUGAGGCGGAGAUUACAAAUCGUCGAGGGAGAGCUGAAAGAGAUGGAGGGCCUGAAGACGAUGUGUGAUCGGUUGGCGCAUAAAGGCGCGAGGAGGAUGGCGGUGACGGGGUUUGGGAUUUUGGUGGUAUAUUGGGGUGCGGUGGCGAGGUUGACGUUUUGGGAUUAUGGGUGGGACGUUAUGGAACCGAUCACGUACCUCUCGGGAUUGUCGACAGUCAUAUGUGGUUAUCUUUGGUUCCUCUACCAAGGCCGCGAAGUCUCCUACUCCUCCGUCCUCGACCGUUCCGUCCUCGCCCGCCGCCAAGCCCUCUACAAGACGCACGGACUGGAUAUCGAGAGAUGGGCGGAAUUGCAGGCGGAUGCGAGGAGGUUGAGGAGGGAGAUUGGGGAUAUUGCGCAGGAUUAUGAUCAGAAUUGGAGGAGGGGGGCACCGCAGGAUGGGGAUGGGGAAGGUGGUGGGAAGAAAGGGGGAGAAGAAGUGGGCGGGGUGGAUGAGUCGAAGGGGAGCGAUGGGGAGGUGGGCGAUGCGAGGGAUGAAGGGAAGAGUAGUAAAGGGGACGAGAUGAAGGGAAAGGAAGAGAGUUCUAGGAGUAGUGAUGAUGGUGGAGAGGAAGGUGGAGAAGAACGGAAGACAGAGAGGGAGAAUAACGCGAAGCAUGAGAUGGAGAGGGAGGUGAGUGCGGAGGUUAGAGGUGAGGUUGGUGGAAGUGUGGCCGAUGGGAAGGGUAUUGAGGAUGCGAGGGACGGUGGGAAUGGCGGUAGCGAGGCCGAGAAGGAAAUGAGGGGAGAGAAGGUCAAGGUCAGGCAGGAUAGGGAGGAUGAGAGGGAUGGGAAGGGUGCAUGAGCUGCUCAUGCCUGCCAGAAUGCUUAAUUUGAUUUGUGCAUGGACCUUGAUUUGUAUUUUCUCAUUCUCGGUUUCGGUAUUCCAGCAUGCACGGACUUCAGACACGCGAUGAACUUUAUAACACCACAAGCUGUACACUGCACUAGCACAUAA